UUAUGAAACAGGCCCCUGUCCUGCGUUCCUCUGGUGAUGACGUCACGCGCAGCCAGUAGAAACAUGGCGACGAAGGGUCUCCGUCAGCGCAACAGACGGGGAAGCAAACAAGACGCGAACAACGUGAACAGCACACCUACCGCUGACAACCGUGCAGCAAAAGACGACAAAUAUGUUGAGGACAAUAAGUCCAGUGACCCCCGAAACGAUUUGCUCCCAGAUAAGCACAUUAGCUCCUAUCCCCCGCCUCUCCUUUACAGGUCAUCCAGUAAGGCAGGACAGGUGUGGGCUCCUGAGGGCUCCACGGCCUUCAAGUGCCUGGUUUCAGCCCGCUUCUGUGCUGCGCUACUCAGUAACAUCUCGGACUGUGAUGAAACCUACAAUUACUGGGAGCCAACUCACUACCUGCUGUAUGGAACAGGAAUGCAGACAUGGGAAUAUUCCCCGGCCUAUGCGAUUCGGUCCUAUGCGUAUCUUUGGCUCCAUGCCCUUCCUGCCUGCUUUCAUGCCAAAAUAUUACAAACCAACAAGGUCCUUGUGUUUUAUUUCCUGCGCUGCAUGCUAGCUUUUACCUGCUGUGUGUGUGAGCUCUACUUCUACAAGGCUGUGUGUAAAAAGUUUGGCCUGCAUGUGGGCCGGCUUCUGCUGGCAUUCCUAGUCUUGAGUGCAGGGAUGUUCUGCUCCUCUGCAGCUUUCCUCCCCAGUGCGUUUUGUAUGUACAGUACAGUGGUAGCUAUGACUGGCUGGUUCCAGGGGCGCCCAAGUCUGGCUGUGCUGGGUAUUGCAGCGGGGGCCAUAGUGGGCUGGCCCUUCAGUGCCCUGCUGGGCAUACCCAUUGCCUUUGACCUGCUGUUUCUGAAGAAGAAGUGGAAGAGUUUUAUCACGUGGACUCUGGUGGCGUUGCUCCUCUUUCUGGUCCCUGUUGUUGUAGUAGACAGCUACUACUAUGGAAAGCUGGUGAUUGCUCCUCUGAAUAUAAUACUAUACAACAUGUUCACUCCUCAUGGGCCCGAUCUUUAUGGCACAGAGCCCUGGCAUUACUACUUUGUGAAUGGUUUCCUUAAUUUCAACAUUGUAUUUGUGUUGGCCCUCUUUUCUCUUCCUCUCACGGCACUUAUGGAGGCACUGCUCCAAAGAUUCAAUGUUCAGAACCUCGGCCGGCCAUACUGGUUAACCCUGUCACCUAUGUACCUGUGGAUGCUGGUGUUCUUCACUCGUCCGCAUAAAGAGGAGCGCUUUCUGUUUCCCAUCUACCCUCUCAUCUGUCUGUGCGGGGCAGUGGCUCUAUCAUCACUGCAGAAAUGCUAUCACUUCAUAUUCCAGCGCUACCAUCUGGAGCACUACACCAUCUCAUCCAACUGGCUGGCUCUCGGCUCUGUGCUGCUGUUUGGAGUGCUCUCGCUGUCCCGAUCUGUGGCCCUCUUCAGAGGCUAUCAUGCUCCACUGGAUUUGUAUCCAGAAUUUCAUCGCAUUGCUAAAGAUCCUACAAUCCACACGGUUCCAGAGGGAAGAUUGGUCAAUAUUUGUGUGGGGAAAGAGUGGUACCGCUUCCCUAGCAGCUUUCUGCUGCCCAACAACUGGCACUUACAGUUCAUCCAGUCAGAGUUCAGGGGUCAGUUGCCUAAGCCAUAUGCCAUGGGUCCUGAUGCCACCUGGAUAAUCCCAUCAGACAUGAAUGAUCAGAAUCUUGAGGAGCCGUCACGAUACGUAGAACUGAAGCAGUGUCAUUACCUGGUGGAUCUGGCAACAGAAACAGAAGCCCCUCGUGAACCACGAUAUGCCACUAACAAAGAGGAGUGGAGCAUUAUUGCUGAAAAGCCUUUUUUAGACACUACUAGGUCCUCCAGAUUGCUCAGGGCCUUUUUUAUCCCAUUUCUGUCUGAGCAGUACACCACCUACAACAGAUAUGUCAUCCUCAAACCGAGACGACCCAAACACACCCGGAAAAGAGUGCAAGGCUGACCUGCCGUUCCUGCUAUUUUUCCUUCAGCGCAGUCAAAAAGCUCCUGCAGUGCUUCAUCAUUUGGUCCCAAGGUGUUCCUCCUAAACUCUUUUUGUGCACACACGUGUGUGAUUGUGUUUGUGUGUGUGUGUGAGUGAAUGAAUGUAUGAAUAUGCCAGAGUUUGUUUGACCAUCUUGGCUAUCAAGCAAUGCAGUAUCGGCCUGUUUGUAGACUUCAGUGGUGCUGCCCAUCCUGGACAGUUCCAGCACAGAGCAUGGAUGCCUUACCCAUCUUUCCCGAUAAUCUUCUCUCCAUUCCCUCUGUUCCUUUAUUCCUGCUUGGUCUUCUCUGCGUCUUUCUGAAGCGUUUCAGAAGAUUUCUGUUUAGACGACCCUUUAAGGACUACAGGUCCCUCGUUUGUUAUCACCUCAUCCUUGAUCUGGGACAAUGAACUGUACAUGAACUGAACAUGAGUGCAGACCCAAACCAGAUCUCAUGUGUCAUCAUCUAUCCAUCCAUCCAUCCAUCCAUCCAUCCAGAGCUGAACUUCUGUUCAUUUGUCCUGCCAGCCUCAGCAUCUCAGGAUGAAAGUUGCACCAAAAACUCUCUCGGUGUUCUCCAGCUCCGUCAUCGGUAGAUGUGGACAUUGACUGUGAGGUCAGACUGCAGACCAGGACUAUUGAGUGUUUACAUUCCAAAUCAUGUUUGUCAUCAUAAUCAUAUCAGUGUUAACUGUGAUUGAGUCAAAUAAAAGAAGGUUGUCUUAA